UGGCACGUAACAACAUACAUUUUCUAGUGCUGCGCUUACUAGGCAGUCAGUCGCAGUAAAUUAAGGUAGAGUUCGGAUUCUUAUCCCAGAUGGAACAUAGCUAAGGGUUAAUACCAGCGCGACUGACAAACGCCUAGAGAGGCCGAAGACGCUAUUAUCAACCUAAAAACGAACCACUGUGCUGUCACGUGUCUGUGUCCUCCGCUUUCUAUCCGCUUCUUCCGGUUCCUGCAGCCUCUCUGGGAGAGCCUUUCUCAACACUAUUCAGCGCCAAAUGGCUUAUCUUUUGUUAGGCGUCUUUCCGGAACUCCACGAAAACAGCAUAGCUAUUCCAGCCCCCUUCAGAAAGCACGCGUGGCUAAGGAUAACACAUUCUCGGGACUGCUUUCUUUCUUUUUGGUCUGGUAACCAUGGUCACCCCGGAGCCGCUCUACACGGCGGAAGGGCUGCUCUUUAUGACCGCGCUGAGCGCGGGAACCUGUAGUUCGAAGUGUCCUCUUUUUCCCCCCCCCUUCCUUGCUUGGUAGUGGCGCGGAGAGCGAGGUAUGGCCGGCCGGCGAGGUGCGCUUAUUGUGCUGGAAGGGGUGGACCGCGCUGGUAAAAGCACCCAGAGCCGGAAAUUGGUGGAGGCCCUGCAGGGAAAGGGCCACCGGGCUGAACUGCUCAGGUUUCCCGAAAGAACAACAGAAAUUGGACGACUGAUAAGUUCCUACCUGGAAAAGAAAAAUAACUUGGAGGAUCACACAGUGCAUCUCUUGUUUUCUGCUAAUCGCUGGGAGCAAGUGCCAUUCAUUAAAGAGAAGUUAAACCAGGGUGUCACUCUGGUAGUAGACAGAUAUGCCUUUUCUGGGGUAGCCUUCACAGGUGCUAAAGAGAACUUCUCUUUGGAAUGGUGCAAGCAGCCUGAUGUGGGGCUUCCAAAGCCAGACUUGGUCCUUUUCCUUCACCUGAACACGUCUGAAGCGGCCAAACGAGGAGACUUUGGAAAUGAAAGAUAUGAGAAUAGUUGUUUUCAAGAGCAAGUUCUUCAGUGCUUUUAUAGUCUGAUGAAAGAUAAGAGCUUAAACUGGAAGGUGAUAGAUGCUUCAAAAAGCAUAGAAGAUUUACACAAAGAAAUUAAAUCAUUUGCAGAGGAGGCAAUGCAAGAAGCUCAACACAGACCAAUAGGAGAAUUAUGGAAAUAGGACUGGAUCAUCUGAUCUCCUUGGGUCAUUCUUCAUCAAGGGAAACUGCAUUUUUUUCUUAGCCAAAAUCCUAUUGCUGGCACAACAUUUUGGCAGCAAAUUACUGCAGCUUACAAAGUCAAUGUGGACAUUAUUUGUUCUGCACUGAAUUGUAUGACUUGGUAUUAGAGAUUGAGUAUUUGGGAGACAAAUAUGAAUAUCACCACCACCGGUGGCUGUGUCCUUUGGACUCAACUCCUAGCCAGGAGCGUGUGCGGCUGUCAUCAUUAAUGCCACACCAAUCAUGAAAAUAGCCUGUCUAGCGCAUCCCCUCCUCUCUGCAUUGCUGAACACACAGCA